GAUUUGAGAGCUCGAUAUUGGGCAUUUCUUUUUGACAAUCUUAGACGAGCAGUUGAUGAAAUCUAUGUUACUUGUGAGUCGGAUCAGAGUGUAGUAGAAUGCAAGGAGGUUCUAAUGAUGCUAGAUAACUAUGUAAGAGAUUUCAAGGCAUUGAUUGACUGGAUACAGCUACAGGAAAAGCUAGAGAAGGCUGAUGCUCAAAGCAGACCUACUUCAUUGGCCUGGGAAGUAAAGAAGAUGUCUCCAGGACGCCAUGUAAUACCAAGUCCAUCAACAGAUAGAAUCAGCGUAACAUCAAAUGCUCGAAGAAGUUUAAAUUUUGGGAAUCCAUCUGUGACAAUUGCUACCACUCGUCUGGCUCCUUCAGGUGUAAGUUGGGCUGAUAAGGUGAAAGCUAACCAUGGAGCUAAAGCUGCCACUCCAGAGCUAGCAACUACACAAACCUGCAUGCCAGCACCAGUGCAGAAGUCAUCACGGAGAAAUGAACGGAAGGAUGCAGAAGGAUGGGAAACAGUUCAGCGUGGAAGGCCUGUUCGAUCUCGAUCUACAGCUGUAGCAACAAAAACUCCUGUAGCUGCAGAAUUGCUAAGAGCUAAAGAUGACAGUGACAAAGAAAAUGUAGUCUUCAGACAAUCAGAAAGUAAACAGAAGAAUUCAUUCGAUGGAGAUAGUGCAUCCAAAAAUACAGAAGCUCUGCAGAAAGAUUCUUUAUAUCUGAGUGAGCAUCCUCUUGCUGAAAGGACUCAGUUCACAGCACACACACUAGAAGAUACCAGAAAUACUGGCAAUGUGGUUUUACAAGACAGUUCUUGCUUACAAACACCUGAAAUGCCGGCAGUUGUCAUAGACACUGAACAUACUUCAGAAAGUCUACAGAUUGAUGAAUCUCCCUCCCUGCUCUCUGGUAGUAAAGAACAGCAUGAAGCAUUAAAAAACAAGAUAGAAAGUGAAAUGGACCCCUCAGACAUUUCAAAUGUGAGUGCUGCCAGAUUGUCUAUGGCAGAAGUCCUUGCUAAAAAAGAAGAGUUAGCAGAUCGCCUGGAAAAGGCCAAUGAAGAAGCAAUAGCUAGUGCCAUUGCAGAAGAAGAGCAGUUAACUAGAGAAAUUGAAGCAGAAGAAAACAAUGACAUUAACAUUGAGACUGACAAUGAUAGUGAUUUUUCUGCUAGCAUGGGCAGUGGAAGUAUAUCUUUCUGUGGCAUGUCUAUGGACUGGAAUGAUGUCCUGGCAGAUUAUGAAGCUCGUGAAUCAUGGCGUCAAAAUAAUUCAUGGGGUGAUAUAGUGGAAGAAGAACCUGCGCGUCCACCAGGCCAUGGAAUACAUAUGCAUGAGAAACUCUCUUCACCAUCUCGCAAAAGAACAAUAGCAGAAUCUAAAAAGAAACACGAGGAGAAACAGAUGAAAGCUCAACAGCUGAGAGAAAAGUUACGUGAAGAGAAAACGCUAAAGCUUCAAAAACUGAUGGAGCGGGAGAAAGAUGUGCGAAAGUGGAAAGAAGAAUUACUGGACCAGAGACGCAGGAUGAUGGAGGAAAAAUUACUCCAUGCUGAAUUUAAACGUGAAGUGCAGUUACAAGCAAUUGUGAAAAAAGCACAAGAGGAAGAAGCAAAGGUAAAUGAAAUUGCAUUUAUAAACACCUUAGAAGCCCAAAAUAAACGUCAUGAUGUGUUGUCCAAACUAAAAGAGUAUGAACAAAGACUAAAUGAAUUACAGGAAGAACGCCAACGGAGGCAGGAAGAAAAGCAAGCACGUGAUGAAGCUGUUCAGGAGCGUAAAAGAGCUCUGGAAGCAGAACGCCAAGCCCGGGUUGAAGAGCUGCUGAUGAAGAGGAAAGAACAAGAAGCUCGGAUUGAACAGCAGCGGCAGGAGAAAGAGAAAGCACGGGAAGAUGCAGCACGGGAAAGGGCCAGAGAUCGAGAGGAGAGGCUGGCAGCUCUCACUGCAGCUCAACAAGAAGCAAUGGAGGAGCUACAGAAAAAGAUUCAGCUGAAGCAUGAUGAAAGCAUUCGGAGACACAUGGAACAAAUUGAACAGAGGAAAGAAAAGGCAGCUGAAUUAAGCAGUGGGAGACAUGCUAAUACUGAUUAUGCACCUAAACUUACACCAUAUGAACGAAAAAAGCAGUGUUCAUUAUGCAAUGUUUUGAUUUCCUCAGAGGUGUAUCUUUUUAGCCACAUUAAGGGGAAAAAACACCAACAAGCAGUGAGAGAAAAUAGCAGCAUCCAAGGACGAGAGCUUUCAGAUGAAGAAGUGGAGCACCUGUCAUUGAAGAAGUACAUUGUUGAUAUUGUGAUUGAAAGCUCUGUUCCAGUAGAACCUUUAAAAGAUGGAGAGGAGAAGCAAAAAACUAAAAAGAAGGCAAAGAAGCUGAAGGCACGGAUGAACUCCAGGGCUAAAGAAUAUGAAAGUUUAAUGGAAGCAAAAAAUGCCACCUCUGAAUCACCAUACAAAGCAAAGCUGCAGCGAUUAGCAAAAGAUCUUCUAAAGCAGUUCCAAGUACAGGAUAGCAGUUCAUUGGCAAACAACAAGGUUUCUGCUCUGGACAGGACUUUAGGAGAGAUUUCUCGUAUUCUGGAAAAAGAGAAUGCAGCAGAUCAGAUAGCAUUCCGGGUUGCAGGAGGACUCACAGCCCUUGAACACAUUCUUCAAGUAGUGAUUUCUUCCACGAAUCUGAAUGCAGUUUUACGGAUUCCUCCCAAGUCACUCUGCAAUACCGUAAAUGUUUACAACCUGGCCUGCAGUAAUUGUACAGAAAACUGCACCUAUGUUCUGUUUAGUAAUAAGAUCACUUUUUUAAUGGACCUGUUGAUGCAUCAGUUAACGGUUUGUGUUCCAGAUGAAUAUAAUGCAAUAUUGGGAAGAAGUGCAAAUAAGCAAGUAUUUGAAGGUUUAACAACUGGACUUCUCAGAAUCAUUGCUGUGGUCUUUGGGUGUCUGAUCUCCAGUCUACCAGAUGUAAACAAUCAGCCCACUGCACCUAAAAUAAUACAGGAAGUGAAAAACAAGCCCUCAAAAGUUGAGGCCUUUAACAGCAGGGUUCAGGACCUGAUCAGUUAUGUGGUGAAUAUAGGAUUGAUAGACAAGUUAUGCUGCUGUUUCCUCUCCGUCCAAGGUCCUGUUGACGACAAUUCAAAAAUAGCUACUUUUCUGCAAAAUGCUACAGCAGUGUUACAUGGAAUGUGUCAGCUCUGUUUUGCUGUCAGUGGAAAGUCUUGGCCCAUAUUUGACAAUACACGUCAGGAUCCCACAGGGCUAACUGCAGUUCUUCGGACUACGGAUCUAGUUGGAGUCUUGCAUAUGCUGUACUGUAUUCUUUUCCAUGGCACAAUCUCAGAUCCAAACAUGGCAAGUCCUAAAGAGAGUUAUACAGAGAACACGAUCCAGGUUGCUAUUCAGAGUUUACGCUUCUUCAAUAGCUUCGCAGUUCUUGAUCUGCCAGCUUUUCAGUCUAUUGUAGGUGCUGAGGGACUUUCUCUUGCAUUCCGUCAUAUUAUCAGCUCUUUGCUGUGGUACUGUUCUCAGCAUACCUGUGAAGGACUGCUACAUGAAGUCAUUGUUUGUGUUGGGUAUUUUACUGUCAACCAUCCAGAUAAUCAGGUAAUUGUACAAUCUGGCCGUCACCCCACAGUGCUGCAAAAACUAUGCCAGUUGCCUUUCCAGUAUUUCAGUGAUCCUCGCCUAAUCAAAGUGCUCUUCCCUACGCUAAUAGCUGCUUGUUACAAUAACCCUCAGAACAAGAUCAUUCUGGAGCAGGAGAUGAGUUGUGUUUUACUUGCCACAUUCAUUCAGGAUUUCACACAGAAUUCAGGCCAAACAGAUAACCAGUCUUCUCAACAAAAGGCAGAAAAAUUCUUCACUUCCCAAGAUUAUCUUGAGCUGUCUAACAGAUUCCCUUGCCAGGCCUGGGAAGAAGCACGACAGUUUUUCUUGAAAAAAGAGAAAAAAUAA